CUAAUUGAUAAACUUAUUUUUGAUAAGAUAAAUUACAAACCACUCAGCGCCGAUAUCAGGACAGCGUAUUUUCCACUACUACAAAGGCUCCAGCCAGACAUAACAUGAGGUCUACGAUCAUCAACGUCAGCGUCCUGUUGAGUGUGUGGACGGCUGCAGGCCAGACGGAAUGUCCACCAGGAUGCAACUGCAGCGAAUCCUCGCUUUCCUGCAUAGAUCAAAGACUGGAGAAUGUGCCAGACUUGCAGGCGCUCGAUUUCGUUCCAUUGGUGCUUGAUUUAUCCGGCAACAUGCUGCUCUCUGUCUCCUGGCAGGACUUUGACUUUCCCAACAAUGAGGAAGUUAAGGAGGUGUACUUGAACAGCUCUAGCUUGACUGAGAUUGCUGAAGACACAUUUGCCAGCCUGGAGGGCUUGCAGGGACUCUACCUGGGCGAAAACGAGCUCAGCACUGUUCCAGAAACCUUGAUCGCCAACCUGGAGAACAUGGUUCUUCUGGACCUAUCCAGCAACUACAUUAACGGCGCCUUGCCCACUAUCCGAUCGGAGAGCCUGGAAGUACUGGCGUUUAUCGACUCCAAAAUCCUGAGCAUUCCAGCCAGCGCGCUCAGCUUCCUGCCCAAUCUCCGGCUGCUGUUGUUGCAGCAGAACAGCAUCCAGACCUUGUCAAUGGAGCCGUUCCAGAGCUUCGAACCCAACGCCAUCUUCGUCAAUUUGCUGUUCAAUGCUUGGACGUGCAGCUGCGACAACAUGCAGGCCUUCCAUCGACUGAGCGAUCAGAAUUUCAUCGACUCAUCUGAGCCCUAUCAAUGCAGCAACAGUGAGGAUGAAAUUGUGAGUGUUUUCGAGGCUGCAAGUGGCUCGACAGAGAUGUGCGAGGACAACAAGGGACCGGAAGUGCACGAGGUCCUUGAUCAAGUAUUAAUGACCCCAGCAGCCAACUACUCAGAGCAUUUGAUUGGCAAUGAGCACUGGGAGCAGAAGGAAAAUGCGCCCGAACCGGAAGGCUGUUGGGACCUCUUCAUCAAUGCUUACGCCCAACAGGGGUUCCUGCACGUGAUCCUGAUUACCACCAUAGUCAGUUUCCUGAUCGGGUUUGUCUUCGGCGUACUUUCCUGCAAAUUACUCUACACGCUCAGGUACAAGAAGCUGGAGCAAAGCUCCGACAGUCAAGUGCAGCUGCUCUGAGCGUUCCAUUGAACCUUAGCAAUAGUUUUUUUACAUUACUCUGCAAUAAUUAAGUGAAGCCCAAUAAAAAUGCGAAUAUA